AUGGAUGAAAACGAAAGGACUAGUGAUGGCUCAGAGGUUAUCAUGCUAGCUGGCGGGAGACGUCCACAGAAAGACCUGUCCUUUAAAGUAGAGGGGGUCACUCUGAGACCGCAGAAAAAAGUCAAAUACUUAGGUGUUGACAUAGACCAAAGAAUGUCAUUCACUCAUCAUGUGACAAGAGUGGCUAUGAAAGCUGAAGCAUUAACGGCUACUUUGAGCCGCUUAAUGCCAAACGUUAGAGGUCCAUCGRCUCCAAAAAGGAGAGUGCUGGUGGAAGUAGCAAAUUCCAUUUUGCUCUAWGCUGCCCCGAUCUGGGGAGAUAAAGCACUGGAAAUGAAGAAAUACAAGCAGAGACUUGAYGGGGUACAGAGAAAAGCAGCACUGCGGGUAUGCUCUSCGUACCGUACCACUUCGGUGGAAGCUGCUCAAGUAAUAGCAGAGGUCAUUCCAAUAGACCUUAGAAUUAAAGAGAGGAAAAGAYUGCGUGAUAGAGAAUGCAGUAAGCGCGAAGCGCAGCAGUGCCAGAACAAGAUGAAAACAUUAACGGUGUGA